UAUCCUCUGAUGUAUGAACAUCCUGUUGGUGCAGAACCAGGUAAAGAAUCUGCACAGUAUAGAUAGUUCAGAAUACGUUUACCGGCUCAAAAUUGGAGAAUUACAGACAUUGUGACGAAAUGGUAGGUUCGGAGAACGAGAGCCGAAAUGUUACAAUUGAAAUACUUCAAUAUUCUCAUGAGAAAAUAUGAAAUUAUAGUCCUCCAACAAUGUUGCAUGAUUGGUAUAUGUGCAGAAAGCGAUUGAGUCAUAACAAAUACCGAUAAAAAAACGUUUAUUAUUGAAAUUAAUAUACCCAAAUUGUCAAAUCAACGUUCAACAAUGUUGAUAUACCUUUAGACAUACAAUUAGUUACUAGUUGUUUUGAUAAUUUCAUAUAAUUUUUUUAAUAGAGCUCCUUUGAAAUUUUACAUCAGUCAUAAAAUGAAUUGCGAUAAUUUUUCAUCUUAACAGUUUUUUAAAAUAUUCAACUGGAUAGUUUGAGAUGAACUUAGCUUAAGAGAUCUUGUUAUUUGAAUCUGUAAAGAUUAUUCAAAAAUGGCGCUGUCACUUAUCAUCGUUGAGAUAUUGGUGGCUCUGUUAGUUGUAUCUGCUGCAAUGGUUUUCGCACUCUACAAAUACAAUUUCACCUACUGGAGGCGAAAGAAGGUUCUACAUAUUCCUCACCCAACGAUACCAUUCGGAAAUAUUAACGACUUAGUUAAUCAGUCUGAAUCCCUUGCAGAGUUAGUAAUCAACACUUACAAUUUCAUAAAAUCCCAUAAUGCAAAACACGGCGGCCUUUACUUCUUUGGUAAACCAAUAUGGAUGCCUGUUGAUUUGGAUCUACUGAACCACGUAAUGAUCAAGGACUUCACCCAUUUCGUCAACCAUGGCUUCUACGUGAAUGCAGAACAUGAUCCCUUAUCAGCACACCUUUUCUCGCUGGAAGAUGACAACUGGCGAAGAAUGAGAGCAGCGUUGACCCACACAUUCACUUCAGGAAAGAUAAAAAUGAUGUUUCCGAUCAUGAUUCAAAACGCGCAGAAUUUGGAAAAGAUAAUAAAGAAAGCUGAAGCUGCUGGAGAAGCUGUAAACGUCAAAGACUACAUCUCUAGGUUUACCAUCGACGUCAUAACGUCCACAGCUUUCGGUUUGGAAAUAAACUCCAUAGAAAACCCCGAUGCUGAUUUCAGAAAAGCAGGAAAUAGGUUUUUUGUAGAUAGUGGCUAUGAAGCCUUCAGAAACCUACUAUCCUUCAUCAUACCCAGAAAAUUUUUGGACGCUAUUAAAUUCAAGCUGAUCAAACCAGACAUAACGGAAUAUUUCGUUAAUAUAGUCAAAAAAACAAUUGAAUAUCGCGAAAAUAACAACAUUGAACGUCCAGAUUUCAUACAGCUCUUGAUACAACUGAAGAACUCUGGCAAGGUUAUGAAUACUGGCGAAGAAACUGUCAAAUCGAAAUCAGUUGCUGAUAAACAGAUGGAUAUGCACCUUUCUGUUGAAGAAAUGGCUGCUCAAAUUUUCGUUUUCUUCUUGGCCGGUUUUGAAACGUCGGCAACUACGGCAACGUUCGCGCUUUAUGAGAUAGCGCUGAAUGAGGAUAUCCAAAAUAAGCUUAGGGAGGAAAUAAGGACCGUUUUGAAGAAGCAUAAUGGAAUGACGUAUGAAGCGUUCAUGGAGAUGAAUUAUUUAGAACAAGUGAUCAAAGAAACUCUCAGGAAAUACCCACCAGUACCUCUUGCACCAAGAUUGUGUACCAAAGAUUACAAAGUGCCUGGAUGCAAUACAGUUAUCGAAAAAGAUACUUUGGUGAUGGUACCUAUCACUGGUGUUCAGCGGGAUGCUGAUAUCUAUCCAGAUCCUGAGAAAUUUGAUCCUGAACGAUUUGGAGAUGGCUGUUCCAUUCCAAGUAUGGCCUUCUUGUCGUUCGGGGAAGGUCCAAGACUUUGCAUAGGAAAACGAUUCGGCACACUUCAGACCAAAGUGGCAUUAGCAACCGUCUUGAAGAAUUAUCAAGUGACAAUGAACAGAGAAAAAACUGAAGUACCACUCCAGUUUGCUCCGAAAUCUUUGAUAACGACACCCAAAGGUGAUGUAUGGUUGAAUGUGAAACGAAUUCAACUUGAUCUUUCCAUGGAUAAUUCUUUCAGUCCAAUUCAACACGCAAUAGUUCCAGUUGUAAUCUGUAUAUUGAUAUCCAUAUUAAUUUUUUUCAAAUGGAGUUUCUGCUACUGGAGUAGACAGGGCAUACCAUGUGUGCCAAACCCUAUUAUACCUUUCGGAAACCUGAUAACUGUGGUCCAACAAAAAGAAACGUUAUUCGAAUUGACCAAAAAGAUCUACUUAGAUGCGAAAAAAAUUAAAUUGAAACAUUUAGGAAUGUACAUUUUUGCAAAACCAAUUUGGAUUCCUGUGGAUAGCGAGUUGAUCCGAAACGUUUUGAUCAAGGAUUCCUCCCAUUUUAUGAAUCAUGGAAUGUAUAUUAACGAGAGAGAUGAUCCAUUGACAGGAAAUAUUUUCUUAUUGGAAGAUGAAAAAUGGAAGCAUACAAGAGCGGUAACAACCAAACUGUUCUCGCCAGCUAAGAUGAAAACAAUAUUAGAAUUCAUGUUGAAGAGUGUUCAAGAUAUCGAGGAAGUUCUGAACAAGGCAGUCGAAGAAAACAAGUCUAUUGAUAUGAAGGAUUACGCUCAGAGAUUCUUUAUGGACAUAACAGCAGCCUAUGCUUUCGGCUUACAAAUCAAUACUUUCAAGGACCCUGAUUGUGAAUUUAGAAAGUUUGGGAAGAAAGCGAUAGAACUAGAUACAUACACAUCCGUUAAAUUCUUAUUGUCACUGGUUGUGCCUAGGAAAUGGCUUAGGGCUGUUAGAUUUACACUGAAUCAAGCAGACAUCAGCGAGUUCUUCCUAAAUCAAGUAGCCGAAACAAUCAACUAUAGAUCUAAGCACAACAUAGAAGGAGAUGAUUUUCUUCAAUUUUACAUGGAUUUAACAGAUAAAGGAAAGCAAGAGAUUUGUGAAAAUGGUCAGAUGAACUUCAAAUUAUCCCUCAAUGAGGUUGCUGCAAGUGUAUUCACAAUAUUCGCGGCUGGAUUCGAAAGUUCAUCUUCAACUACAAAUUAUGCUUUGUUAGAGCUGGCAUUGAACCAGGACAUACAAGAAAAGGCCAGGAAUGAAGUGAAGGAAGUUAUGAAACAAAAUAAUGAAACGCUAAGUUUCAAAGCGAUUUCAGAGAUGCAGUAUUUGGAGCAAGUUAUAAAAGAAACCCUGCGGAAAUAUCCACCAGGGGCGACUCUUCCACGCAUCUGCACAAAAGAUUACCAGAUUCCUGGUACUGAACAAGUAAUUAAGAAAGAUACAUUUGUCUUUGUUCCGGUUCUGGGUGUACAUUACGACCCUGAGCUUUAUCCUAAUCCAGACAAGUUCGACCCUGAUAGAUUCAGCCCAAAAAAUAAGCAUUUGCUACCUAAUGGCUUGUUCCUAUCUUUCGGUGAAGGAGCAAGAAUGUGCCUGGGAAUGAGAGUUGGAAUCACUCAAGUGAAAGUAAUUUUAUCCACAAUUCUCAAAAGUCACAGAGUGACAUUCGACAGGCAAAAAACUCCAUACCCUUUGCAAUAUUCAAGGAAAUCUAUGAUAGCAACACCACAAGGAAAUAUUUGGUUUCAUAUUGAAAAAGCUUGAUGGCAAAUAAUAAUGUACUAAUUUACUUAAUAUCCUCUUGUGUAACACUACGGUUCUUUGUGGUAGGUACUAAAACGGUAUAGGUACCUGAUAUAGAGGUUCUGGAAGAAAUUAUAUUCGAAAAUGUUCCGAAAAAAUAUAAUCAAAUAAUAAAUUUGGUAAGAAUUAGCAAAAGACAAAUAUUUCUUUCAAAUUAUUGGUUAUGAUUGUAUUUAUAAACUUAUAAACACUUUAUUGAUAAUGGUAUUCGAUAUAGAAUUUGAUUUAUUUGGAAAUUAAAAAAGUAACCCCUUAUUCUCUCCAGCUUUGAAUCACCGAAAAGCUAUAACAAAUGUGAAGUGCAGUGAAAACUUUUCUUAGGAGAGAAAAAGAAGAAGAGAAGUGCCACACCCAUUAGUAGAUUAUUUUAAGGUUAUGUGUACCUUCAAAAUAUUGAACUACAUACGUGCUGCCACGCCAGUGGCUGGGGAUAUUCUACGUCCCACGUGUCGGUAGCUUAUAAGGGUGCAUAUUCUUCAACAGAAAUAUCAUAACCAGUGGCGGGUUUAUUAAUACACAACUUUCUGAGUACGUUAGCUUCAGUGAUAACAUCGUAAAAG